AAUUUUUUUUUUCAAAUUCUUUCCUUAGGUCCAUAGUUAUUGGUAUACGUGUAUGGGUUGUUUAUGUUAUGCCUACAGCAGUUGAUAACAUUCAAGUGAAGUUAAAACAUUCUGAAAGCCUAUCGCUUAUAGACGUUCGAAUGCUUGGCAUGAGCUUAGUCCUCAAGGAACAAUUGUUCUCUUAAUUAAUCAAGACUUUUUCUUCAUGGAUAAAAAAUAUUUUCUUGAUUUUUAACGUGUCGUGUAUGCUUCAAAUACGAAUAUAUAAAUAUAAUAGUAAAACUAUUAAAAAAAAGUAUCUAAAAAAUUGAAAUUUUCAAAAAACGCAGUGAAAAUAAUUUGAAAUUUCUGAAAAAUCCACAUUAACACAGCAGGUCCAGUUAUUGGUAUAGCUACUGUGAAGUUGAUAAAACUCAAGUGAAGGAAUCAUUCUAAAAACUUAUCGCUUAAACGUGGCGAAUACCAUAGAGAUAAUUUGGCCUGAGAUAAUUUGUUUCUGAAAAAUCCACUUUACUACAACAGGAACAGAUAAAUAUGGCUACGUCCGAGAAAAUAUCAAUAUGUGGUGAAUCAGAACAAACAUAUUUUGCGACUAAAUUAAAUGCUUUUAAAUAUUGUUUUAAAUGGAUAAUACCUAAUUUCGAGUUUGUUUGUGGAAACGUAAAAGUAAUUAGAUCUCCAGAAUUUUCAACAAAAAAUUUAGAAAAUGGCAAGUGGAUAAUUACGAUGGAACCUACAGAGUUAGUACAUAACAGCAAGGAUGUCUUUAAAAUUCAUUUGCAUUACGAUACAGACAUCAUAAUAAAGGACAAAAAAUUAUUAAAUGUUCAAAUUUCAUUACUAAGGUGUGAUAAUGGUAGAAAAAUUAUAUUACUUAACACUGAUAAUGCAGAACAAGGUGAUUAUAACUUAUCUUGGAAAAUAAAUGGAUCAGAAUUAUUUGAGAUUUUUUCUAACAGUGCACCAAAGGACUCUAUUUCUUUAGUCCCAAACCGUAUUUGCGUAAUCUUCGAGAUUGAUGUGGUUUUACCUAAAAUGAAUUUAAUACAAAAACCGCUUAUUGACAUUGAAAAAUGUAAUGGACUAAUGGAAAAUAUGAUAAGUUUGCAAGAAAAUGAAGAAUUCAAAGAUGUUGCGUUUAAAAUAGAGGAUGAAGAAUUCACCGCUCACAAAAACAUACUCGCCAGUCAAAGUCCUGUGUUUGCUGCAAUGUUCAAGAACAAAAUGACUGAGGGACUAACAUCCGUUGUUGAAAUUGAUGACAUAAAACCAGCAAUCUUUCAACAAAUGCUGAAUUUCAUCUACACAGAUCGUUUGGAGAAUCUAGAAGAAUCAGCAAUUGAAUUCCUAUAUGUGGCGGAGAAAUAUCAACUGGAGAAACUUAAAAAUUUAUGCAUCAAUAGUCUUAAUAACAAACUAUCUUUAAAGUCAGUUAUUAAGACUCUGGAGGUUGCCGAAUUGUAUUCAGUUGAAUUGCUAAAGAAUGAAUGUCUAAAAUUUAUCAACGAUAAAAGGUAUGAAAUUAUCGAAACAAAAGAGUUUCAGGAAUUAUUAUUAAGUCGUCCAAAUUUAUCGAUAGAUAUUUUUAAAAUAAAAGAAACAAGAAGUAGCUCAUAUUAUGGAUCUUAUGAAUUAAAAUAAAUAUAUUAUAAAACCCUUUCUUUAAACUCCUUCUGAUAAAAAUGUUACCUUAUUAAAUAUUUGUUAUAAAAAGUAUUUGCUGUAAAAUUUAUGUAUUCGAGAAUUGAAUAGAAUUCCGUUUCGCAGUACAAACAUUUAUAUUCACGACGAUAGAAUUAAAAAAAAAUUAUGAAAAUCAUAGUUUUGUUUAGAAAAUCAGAACUUAAUUUUUCCUUUCCAGCUUUGUGACAUUUUUUGAAAGGUGUUUAUUUUUGUUAUGUUUUGAAAAUAUUUUUAAAAUAAUAGUGUGAUCGAUAUUUGUCUUUUAUACAAUAAAAGUCUUUCUUA